AAUUCCAGCGUAGAUAAGUGUAUAUACAUAUUACAAAUAAUAAAUAGUUACGUUAUUUUUUUAUCAACAUCUUUGACUUUUUUUUAUAAGCGAUAUUAUUGUACCGUAAUGAAGAUGAAUGACUAUGAUAUAUCAGAUACCAAAUUCAGGCUGUAUCUCAGACAACUGUUAACAAUUUCGGGACAAUUGAUCGGAAUCUGCGUAACCGGUAUGUCGUUUGGCUACAGCGCGAUACUUCUUCCGCAAUUGAAGACAAUUUCGACCAAUAACAUCAAAUCUUUAUUCGAAUCUGUGGAUGCGGAUCAUUUCGGAGUGCUUAGUAUCGAUCAAGAGUCAUGGAUCGCAGCAUCUACACUUCUACCAAUAGUUCCAGGAUGUUGUACCGGUGGAUUUAUGGCGGAAAAACUUGGCAGAAAGACAUCGGUGAUGCUAAUAUUUCCUGUCUAUCUUAUAGGUUGGUUGAUUAUCGGUUUCGCCAACAGCAUAGAAGUUUUAAUAGCAGGCAGUUUUCUCUCUGGAUACUGUGUCGGGGUCUUGGCGCCCAUAUAUUCGAUCUACGUGAGUGAAACAAGCGACCCUCUGCUACUGGGGGCAGGCAACUUGACCCUUUCGGUCGGUAUAUUGGCGUGUCACGCGAUGGGAACUUGGCUGCAUUGGCGAACCACCGCGUAUAUCUGUGGCGUGUUACCUGUAAUCUGUUGGAUAGUCUCUGUCUACUCGCAAGAGAGUCCAUUGUGGCUACUUCGUAAAGGCAAAUUUGAGGAGGCGAAACGCUCCUGGAUAUACCUUCGUGGCAAAGAAUCACUUGAGGAAUUCUCCCUCCUGGAAACCAUUAGACUCGCGGAAAUAUCAGGAAAGAAAAUCAAGAAACGAUCGUUAUUGCAAUCACAAAAAAAGAUGUGGACCUCGCGAUAUUUCCUGAAACCUCUCAGCAUAAUCUGUCUGUACUUCUUUAUCAUGCAGUUUUCAGGUUCUAACGUAAUGAUUUUUUACUGCAUCGGGAUGUUGUAAUCAAGACGAUGCCGCUUAUGAUGGAAUUUAUGCAGCUUGAAGGUACAUUCGCCGUUUACGGC